UUGAUUGUCGUUAGCCGGGAAAAUGGCGACUCUCACUAAACUUUUGUACUCAGCAGUUUGCAUUGCUGUUAUAUUAUACGGCAUUAUAGAUGUUCUUACAAAUUACGAACAGAAUAAAUGUCAUAUGACAUACAUGUUCGAACAACCGGAAUAUUUGGAGAUUCCCCUGAGCAAGGCUAUUAAAGAUAAGUUUCCACGAUACAGCUUGUAUGUAUAUGGUGAAGGAGUUUAUGCCAGAAAUCUGGAGAAGAUGAAUUUUCAAGGCAUUCCAGUUUUAUUUAUACCUGGGAACUCUGGCAGCCACAAGCAAGCCCGCUCUCUGGCAUCUGUAUCCCUCAGGAGAGCCAUGGAUAAGAGAACAUACUUCUUCUUCAACUAUUUCACAGUGGAUUUUAAUGAGGAUUUAACUGCACUGUUUGGUGGUGUGCUUCAAGACCAAACAGAAUUUGUACACACAUGUAUAAAGAAAAUCCUGAGAUUGUACAAGAAUGCUGAGAACAAACCUUCCACAGUUCUGUUGGUUGGACAUUCUAUGGGAGGAAUGAUUGCCAGAGCUUUGUUUACUUUGCCAGACUUUGAUCAUAAACUCGUCAAUACCAUUAUUACACAGUCCACCCCUCAUCAAAUUCCAGUGUUGUCUGUAGAUUCCUAUAUUGCCAGUUUCUACAGGAAAGUCAACAGUUACUGGAAGGAGUAUGGUGCCACCAAUCUCAGUCAUGUGACCGUGGUCUCCACGGGUGGUGGCCACAGAGAUUACCAGGUGCGCAAUGGACUCAGCUCACUCCAAGGGAUCAUUGAUCCAUCAAGAGGGAUCAGCUCAUCAACAAUAUCCAUGCCAAAGGCUUGGGUCUCCACAGAUCAUCUGUGUGCUGUCUGGUGUAAGGAAGUUGUCAUGGCAACAGUGAGAGCAAUAUUUGAUAUUGUGGAUACAUCAACCAAUCAGAUUUCCACAGAUGCUGAUCGUAGAAUGGAUGUCUUUCGUCAUUACUUUCUGUCACACUCUGGAGCCAAAAAAUACAUAAGGACAUGGGCAAAGGAGAUCACAUUAGAUCCUGCAGCGACCUGGAUGAUGGAAAAUGGCCUCACUUGGGAAUUUGCUAGGGACAAGGUGAAAGAACCAACCUAUAUAUCUGUCCCCAUUGUCAGAAAAAGGGAGGACACUUUUGUUGCAGUGUCAGAUAUUGAGGCAAAUGAUUGGAUUUGUGUCUGUAAGAGUGAAACUGGAGAUGGUAGAUGCAAAAAAUGUAAGAAUUUAUCAAAAAAUGGGGAAGCCAUUCCACCAAGUGACUCAGGAAGAAAGGUUAUACAUAUCAACUUGAAGAAAUAUAAGUCAAUGACACACCUUGUAAUUAUAGUCCCAAGGACAUAUGAAAAGGUAGAAGUGAUGGGGGACAUUUAUCGUAAAGAUGACAGACACCUGAGUUAUCGUAUGCCUGGUUUUAUGGAUAUGUUGAUGACCUACCCUGAGAGUGUGACCCAGGGGACCGGGAUCCUUACCCUAUUUAAUGACACCCUGUUCUAUGACCUUCACCUACUUAAUAUGGAUUUGAUUCUGAAGGCCUUUACUGUGAAACUUGAGCCAAAGAGAUGCUCAGCAGCUAAACCAGAUUUACACGAUGGUUAUAUGAUGAAACUGCAUGUCCCAGGCAGUAAUGAAGACACUAUAUCAUUUAACAAAUUAAGUGAGACUGGGUAUCUGCCUCUGAAGUUACAGAGUGGUAACAUAGAUAAUACUAAAGAUGUUGAGCUAAAAGUGUAUACAGACCCCACAUGUACCUACCAACUAAUGAUACUGGUAUCACCUGUACAGAUGCUGGGACAGUUUGUUCGUUUCUAUGGAACCUUGUUGCCUGCUUUUAUGGUGGCUGUCCUAUUAAUGGGAGUUGUGCAUCAACUCAGAUGUAUGGCAAAAGAUGGGAUUUGUCCAGCUUUAUUAGAUGCCAUCUCAGACAAUGGAAAGCCUUACUUCAUUAUACCAGUUGUCAUGUUUCUCAACUUUAUUUGUCAUCUUUCAGUCAUUCAGCAAAUAUUAGGAGAGAACAGUUCUCUAUUGCCAGACACCAAAGAAUUGACCAAUCAGGGCCUGAUGUUACGAUCUUUGCCCUUGCUGCUGUAUUUGAUUGCCCUAGGACUAGUCAACUUCCAGUGUCUAGUGAUUGACUUGGGAAUGAAAUUUCUUAGCCGUGUUGCUGGUCUCCUUUUCUCAUGCUGUCCUGUGCCAGCCAGUAGUGAUAGAUUAGUACAAGUGUCCCUAGUGUUAGCCUUAGUGUUGUCUGGUGGACUCUGUGGUACACUUGGUCUUAUUAUCUGCUACUUCAUUUGCAUUGUUAAGGUCCUGAGGACCUAUCACAUUUUACGUCAGAACAUCCUGGAAUCCCGCACACAGUCUCGCUAUAAUUUAUACCUGACUGUUCUACUACUACUGAUGUGGGUGACAGCCCUCAACUUACCCCCACUUAUUGUGUGGCUCAGGAAUAUACAAUAUUUUAUAACUCUGCACAAUGACCCCAGUUGUCUGACAGCCAUUAUAUGCAUCCUGUUUGUUGGAGCUUUGUUUAUAUGUGAUGAUCCUCUCUCAGGAAGGGACCACUAUUUUCCAUCCUGUAUAGCUGUGUAUAUUCUAACUGUCUUACUGGUGUUAUAUGGGACCCUGUCUACCUACAGAAUAUCCUACUUCAUCACCUGUGCCCUAAUUAUGACUGCUGUACCUCAGGUUGUUAACAAAGUAAUGUCAGCCCAGCAAAAGAAAGGCUCAGACAUGUAGUGUUAAACUGAUCUUAAUGUAAAACUUAAGGAUUUUUUGUUUUAUUUUUGAAGAACUGCAAUGAUAUCUAAUCAGUUUGUAGUGGAUGUACAUGGUGCAAAGUUGAAUAAUUUGUAUUUUUUUUUUUUUUUUUUUUUUGUGAUUGCCAAAAAUGAUGAUUACCCAAGACAAUAUUUUUAUGAUGGAUUCAUAUUGGAAAUACAUAUACAUUAUAUUUAUGACAUGAGUGUAUACUUUAAUGUCAUGGUUAGGUAUUUAGUGGUACAUUUCACAAUAAUUUCUUCCAUUUUAUGUCAAUCUUAUGUAAGGUAUUGAGGAUUGUCUAGACAUAUGACUUAGUGUUGUAUUGAGCCCACAUAUGAUUUGCACAUUUGCACACAUUCCAGUUUUGAGAUCCUUCAUUUGUUUACCACAUGAAAUGUGGAUUUGUGAGUCUAUUAUUUUUUAAUGCAACCAAAGGUGCAAUAUAUGAUUUUCAUUUUGAUAUAACACAAUUUUUUUUUUACACUUGACAUGAAAACUAAGUGAUGAAACAUUUUUCUGAGAGAAAACUAUGUCAGUAAAUCUCUUCAUAAGAAACAAUG